UUACAUUUCAAAUCGUUUCUAACCUUCAUGAACUUUAAAGACUAGUUCUUUCGGUAUUUUUUUUAAUCGAAAACAAUAUCAACAGUCAUGAAAUCAACUAAAUUAUUUAACUACACUAACAUUUCCAAUGUAUAUAAAAGAUUUUCGAGUACAACGUCAUCUAAGCUGAUUUAUUUUGAAUAUGGAGAUCCACUGAAGGUAGUAAAUUUAGAAGAGGAACGUAUACCAGACCCCAACGAGCAGCAGGUACUUAUUAAAAUGUUAGCAGCACCCGUGAACCCAGCAGACAUUAACACCAUUCAAGGGAAAUACCCCUCCAAGCCAGAACUACCUGCAGUGCCCGGGAAUGAAGGAGUUGGAGUCGUGGAAAAAGUCGGUUCUGGGGUUGUUGGUAUCAGUCAAGGAGACCAUGUAGUGCCUCUUACAAAUAACUUGGGUACUUGGCGUACCCACAUUGUGUUAAAUUCGAAUAAUGUGUUGAAAGUUCCGAAAAAAUUGGGAUUAGUCGAAGCAGCUACCUUAACUGUGAAUCCUUGUACAGCAUAUAGGAUGUUAAGAGAUUUUACAGCAUUGAAACCUGGAGACACUGUUAUUCAAAACGGAGCAAAUUCAGCUUGUGGGCAGAAUGUGAUACAACUAUGUAAGUCCUGGGGUGUACGAACAGUUAACGUAGUAAGAAACAGACCAGAAAUAGACGAACUAAGGAAGUUUUUGCAGAAUUUAGGGGCUACAUAUGUUCUUACAGAGGAGGAAAUAAGGAGUACAGAUAUAUUUAGAGGAGCCGUUGAUAAGCCGAAGUUGGCUCUGAACUGUGUAGGAGGAAAAAGUGCCUUGGACAUUAUGAGAUACUUACAGAAUGGUAGUCCUAUAGUUACCUACGGAGGUAUGUCUAGAGAGCCUGUUACAGUCCCAACGUCUGCACUAAUCUUCAAAGAUAUUAAAGUUAGGGGCUUCUGGAUGACCAGAUGGACAAAAGAACAUGGAAGUAGUGUGGAAAGAUCAGAGAUGUUUGAAGAACUGAUUUCUUUAAUGACCAAUAAUGAUUUACAUGGACCUUCCCACAAAAUGGUGAGGUUUAAUAACUACCACGAGGCUAUUAUGAACACUUUGACAGUCAAAGGAAUGACAGGAAAGAAGUUUAUCUUAGAUUUUACCACCUAAACAUGUUUGUCUUAUUAAGACUGCUUUAGUUUUUUUAAGGUACCAAUUUUUUUUAAAUGGUGUACAGUUUUGUUCUCUUGAUAUUAUUUUAUGUUUAAACGACCAAAGACUGUAAUAUAUAAUCAGCAAAUACUUGUUGUUGAAUCGAAAA